AAAGUGUUUAUGUGACAAAACUUACAUGGAUAAAAGAUUGAUGUUACAAUAAGAAUAAAAAAUGGUUUCGCCACCUAAUAAAUUAAAGAUUGAGGAAAAUGGAUCUCGUUGUGCUCAUUCUGUACAUUGCAAAUUGAUGCUUUUUGCACAAACUCGUUCUUCAUUUCUAGCUUGAAAAAUGGCUUCACCGCCUCAAAAACUGAAGUUAGAGGAAAACGGAUCUCGUUUAAGUAAACUUUUGGUCAAUAAAGGAACACAAGCCUUAAAAACAACAUUGCAAAGCAUUAUAAACCUUCAGUCAUCAAACUUAAAAGAUAAACUUAAUGAUCCUUCUACAAAGAGUAAAUUGACAUCACUAAAAUUCAAAGUCAUCAGCAAACAGCAAUGGAACCUUCUUUACCCGUCAACUGGUUCACCUGACAUUGAAAGCAUUGAAAUUUCAUUAUUGACUGUCUUAUUGCGUAACAUAUGUGGUUUAACAGCGCCACAUGGUGGAUGGAAUAAACUUCCUUCCUCUUCAGAUACUUCAAUCUCAGCAAACAUUGCAAGAAUAAAGUUUUAUCGAAACAAAGUGUACGGUCACAUAACUACAACUAGUGUAAAUGACAGUGAGUUUGAGUACUUGUGGCAGGAAAUUUCAAAAGCAUUGUUUGGUCUGGGUAUUCAACAAACUGAAAUAGAUGAAUUAAAGAAAGCUCCCCUCAGUACCGAUGAAGCAAAUUAUAUUGAAAUGUUAAAAGAAUGGUACAAAACAGAAGAGCAGUUAAUCGAUGUCACUGAAGAAAUCAAAGAAGAUGUGAAAUUAAUAGAAAGAAAUGUUGUGGAGAUGGCAACAAAAGUUACGAACAUAAAUGAGAGUGUAAAGAAAACAAAAGCUGAUGUAGCAGGAGUAAAAAAAAUGUUACAGGGCAAAACAUAUUCAGAUGUCGAAAAGCUUGGAAAGUGUAAUUUCAACGGUCUUAUAAAAGAUCUUAACACGAAAUACUUACAAGGCACUAGACAAUGGUUAUUUGAAAAACUCGACACUUGGUUUAACGAUAGAAGUGAAGAUGCUUCUAAUGUCAUGAUUUUGAUUGCCGGUCCUGGCGUUGGUAAAAGUGUGUUUGCUGCUGAGGUGUGUCGACGAUAUUCUGAAAAGAAGAAACUUGCUGCUUGUCAUUAUUGCAGAUAUAAUAGAUCAGAUUAUAGAAAUCCUCAAAUAUUAAUAGAAUCAUUGGCUACUAGCAUGUGUGAUACAAUAUCAAAUUUUAAAAGUAAACUGAAUGAAGAAUUACAGAGAAACCAUUCCUACAAAUCAGUCACCGAUGCAUUCCGUGUUUUAUUAAAUAAUCCAUUGCAUUCAUUGGAAGGUCAUGAACCAUUGCUUUUUGUUAUUGAUGCCUUAGAUGAAAGCCAAGUUGAUGGCAAAAGUGAAUUGUUGGAAUUGAUUGCAGAAGAGUUUGACCGACUACCUAAAUGGAUUAAAAUCUUCAUCACCAGUCGUCCAGAACUUCCUGUUCAAAAGGAGUUGAAAGACAUGAAUCCUGUGGAAAUUACAACUCAUCCUCGUGAUAAAAACAACGAAAAAGACCUGGAAAAGUAUUUGAAACAUGAGUUGAAUGAUCGGGUGCAGAAAAAUCGCUACGUUCUUCACUCAUUAGUUAGAAAGUGUGAGGGAUCAUUUCUUUUUGCUUAUCACGCACAACUGAGUUUAAAGAAAGAAGAAAUUGAGCUUAAAGAUGAGAAUAUUAAACAAUUGGUCCCUAGUGGGUUAAGCGGUGUUUACACAAAGCAAUUCAAAAGAGUAAAAGAACUGUUAACAAAGAAAAGUACCAGAAAUUCUGUUAUCUCAGAAACUACUUUCAUGCAAUUUCUUGAAUUGUUGGCUGCCUCUCGUGAGUUUUUACCAUUAACUUUCCUGUUUAGCUUUUUAGGUUUUUCUGAUGACAUCAAGUUUGAAGUCCGCAGUGAAAUCAUUGAACCGUUAUCUCAAAUUUUGCCAAUUUACGAUGAUUAUUUGACCGUGUAUCACAAAUCUCUCAUUGAUUGGUUGAAAUCAGAUGGUUAUGAACAGCAUGAGUUUACAGUUGAUCCAAAAAAUGGUCAUAAGUUCUUAUGGCAUGCUUGUGAGAAAGUGUUUAAACACAUCAAGUCGAUGAACAUUUUUAAAGAUCAGAUGAACACUGCUAUGAUUAAAUAUGCUUUGAAGAAUGGAAUCUAUCAUAUGUUAAAAUGUGGUGAAAAUGUUGACUUUAGCUGGGCAGUUGAUGUCAAAGUGAUUUGUGUGAGGUUAAUGUGUGUGGAAGACAUUAACGUGUAUACCAUUAGGUCUGAAUUGUUUGAAAUCAUUAAGAAACUACAAACUUUCUUGAGAAAAGAUUUACUUGAUGAACUACUAUUUCAUUGGUUAGGGGCGAGUAAGCAUUCACAUAUGUAUGAAGAUAGCUGCUUCUUUUAUUUACAAAUUAUUGCAAACAGAAUUGAUGGCAGUAAAGAAAAAAGAUUAUUGGCAAGGGAUUUAUUGAAACAAGGAAAGUUUGUUUGGUUUGAGGAUUUAGACUCGACAUAUUUAACAAACCAUCAUCAUUUGACUGUCCCCUUGCGUGCUAACGUUACAUCUCUUUGUGUGUUGUCCAAUGAAGAACGUUUUGCUGUAGGAUAUGAAAAUGGUCAAAUAUCUAUUUUUGAGCUUCCAGAAUUCAAACAACGCUGCACUCUAGGCACUGCACUCGAUGAUUUAAGGUUGGAAAGGUGGCAUAAUGUUGACACAUUUAUGUCCAUGUAUGACUUUAAUGACUAUUCAACAUUAAAGAAAUCCUGCUUUGUACGUGGAAACAUCUGUUGUUGCUCCUUUUCAUCUACCGGAAAUAGACUGGUAACAAGUGAUGGAUCUACUGAAGUAAAGUUGUGGGACGUUAACUUUGGACGUUUGUUAUUAUGUUUACAGUCAAAUGAUGUCGUUAAUCGUUGCUCUUUCUUAGAUUCUGGUUUGUUUAUUACAGCAAGAUAUGAUGGAGUUUCUUCUAAAGAUGUGUUCACUGCAUGGAAUUCUUUAACUCUGCAAAGAAUCGAUCGACGCUGCGUUGUUGAUUACCAAGAACUACAAUACAACGAUAAACAUUCAGAGUUCUUUGUUGCAAAAUUCGUCAAGACUUCGUGUGUUUUUCAAUUCCCAAAGGCAAUCGAUGUUUUUUCAAGUAAAAAUGAAUAUCCACUACCUUUACAUCUAAUGAUAACACACCAUUAUCGUGAUUGUAUUUUUUAUCAUUCAAGCCAGAAUGAAAAGCUUUCUGAAAUCACUCAGUUGACAAAAUACAACGAUCAAGGAGAAAUUAAGUUUUGUUUACCACAUGUUAGGUGUCCAUGUGUUGUUAGGGCUCUUAUCAAAGUCCAUCCAAUCUCGUUUAAGGAAUUUUACGUUGUGCCGUAUUUUUCCAAGCUUAAAAUUUUUAAAACUGAUCAUCUUUGGAGACCUUCAUUUAUUUUUGAGAAAUUUAUAAUUAAAUGUUGUUGUUUUUCACCGGAUGGAUCUUUUUUUGCUGCUUUCGCUGUUGGUGACCACGUCAACAUUCAUAUUUGGAGUAUUGAACGUUGCACUAUUAUUCAAACUGUACCAAUGCAACUGAAGAAUGCAUUAGGAUGUUGGUGGUCGGAUGGUUUACUGUGGAUAUGGGAUAGUUCUAAUCAUCUUAUGAAGAUAUCAACUUCAUCUAAAAAUUUUGUAGAUUCUACUCAAGCAAAGCAAGUUAACAUUGGAUUUACACCAAAGAAAAUCUUAACAUUUGGUGACGUCUUAGUUUGUAUUGACGAAGAAAAGUUUGUUCAAGUUGUUAGACUUACCAAGGGUGAGAUACAAUACAACAAACGACUUCCUGACGAUAGUUUUCAAAUUAAAGCAGCAGCUGUAUCACCUGAUAAUUCUGUUAUUUUAACUGUAAACAAAACAGAAUACACAUUAUGGAAAUGGGGAAAUAACAACAAUGAACUUUACUUGCAACCUUGGCAUACUGCAGAAAUACACAUAACAGCUCUCAUUGAAAAAUUCUUUCCACAACAGGUAACUGUAAAUGAUCUAAAGUUCAACUGCUGUAUAAGUGACAGUAAACAAGCAGUCAUAACAUUUUGCAAAGACAUCAAAAGUAUGGGCAUUUAUUUCAUUAAUGUUCACAAGAAUGGUGAUGUGAAUGCAAUUUUGCAUGAUGUCAGUGACUAUUUAUUGGACUCCAACCCAAUUGUACACAAAUCGUAUUGCAUUGGAGUGCGUCAUAUGUCAUUGGUUGCUAGAGAUUUAAAGAGUGGUGAAGUAUGCGCUAAAUUUGACGAAAGAAGUUAUGGAGUGUAUCAUAUAACUAUUCAUUCCAAUACAGGAACUUUAGCUAUGGUUGACAAUUUAAAUUGUAGAAUUCGAUUUUUAAAACUUAAUGUUCCUGAAUAAAUACAUCAACUCAAACUUUAAUAGUAAAUUCAAAAACCUUUUGAGAAAAUUGCACAUAGAUGUUGAUGGUUGUAAGGAUGAUUGCUUGUUUCCACCUACUAUAGUUUUCUACAGAAGAAGUACUUAUUCUACCAGGCAAUCUUUAAGAAAUUAUCUAUAUUUACCAAAAAUAAAUUUAGACCAAUUUUGCAAAA